AUGCAUAUUUAAGAAGGAGCAAUUGAAACAUUCUAUUAUUAUCUAUGGCUUCAAAAUGACUCUAUUAAGCAAAACAAAGUUGAAUUCCAUCUCCCAGACACUCUCAUAUACAGAUUAGGAGUCAUUCAGGUUUUCAAUUAUAAAUUAAUUUAGGCAUGGUAUUUCACACAUAACAAUGAAAUCCUUGUAAAAAAACUUGAGAAUAGAACUCUACCAAAUAUAGAAACUGCAUUCCUUAAAGAUUGUGAGAACGAUGUUUGUGCUUAUUUCAUCAGUUGUAAACCAAGAAGAGAUUUUUAUAAUACCUAAGAAACUAGAGGAGAAUUCUUAUAAGAUUAACUCAAUAUAGAUUGCAAAACUUCAAUUCUCUACUUAAAUCAAGAGCAAUUUAAAUAGUUCAUACAUAAUCCAAAUAUUCAUAGAAAUGGAAUUUUGUAAAAAUUUGCAAAACCUGCUUUGCCCAAAGAAAAUGUAAUUUAAGCUAUAUGGAGCUAAAAUCUUUUGCUUUUAAGUUAAAGAGUUAAUAAUAUCGAAUUAACCUCUUCUAAAUUCGAUGCUUAAGAAAAAUGUUCAACAUUUAAUAGUCCUGAAUCUUAUUCUAAAGCCUAUCCUGUAAAGUCUAAAGUAAUAACAACAUAAAUUCAAAGACUUAUUAAUUAUAUCACCACAAGAAUUUGUGUUGUCACUUAUGAAAAAUUUAGAGUAAACAGAGCAGUUCUUUAUUGUAAAAUAGAUCAUUUGCAAAGAAUUAACAUUUUAUAUUGUACAUCCUUAAGAUCUAAUGAUGAAUGUCCUUUUCCUAUUUAAUUUGGACAUUAAAUUCGACCUGAAAAUGUCAAGAAUACUAUUACUACAAACAAACAAAAACCCAUUAAAUUGAUAAUGGAUGUACAAUGUUUAUCAUGUCAACAAUUAUGUUAAACUGAAGAUUUACAUCCUAUCAAAUAUUAAAAAUUAAUCACAUCAGGACAACAUUAUAGGAUGGAUAUUAAAUCUUACUCAACAAGAGUUUAAAGAGCAGAUCAUCAAAAAACUGAAGAUAAUCCAGAAAACUACAUAGCAAACACUACUAAAUUAAUACCAGAUAUUAUAAAGAAACUCUUCCCUUCUAUGUCCUACAGUGUAUAUAUUACUUUUAUAUUUAGGAAUUUGCAGAAGUUAAAGAAAAUUCAGCCUUCUUAAACAAAGAAUUACUUGUUUGUUUUAAUUGCUAUCUUAAAUUUACAUAAAGUAAAUAGAGAUUAAAUCAAACAAGUAGACAGUUACAAUUAAAAUAAAAAAACAGAUCUAUUACUGAUUUGAUUAGAUAGGCAUCUUAAGAAGUAUCCUAAAGACACACUGAAAGAGAUCACAGCGGAAAUAAGGAAUAUUAAAAAAUGACUUUAUGUUUAACCUAAAGAAGUACUUUACUUAAAACUGCUGAAGCUAUGACAAUGAAAUCUACUAUGAAAUCUUCUCGUACAUCUUCUAUGAUGAAGAAUAAUAUCACAUUAAGAAGUACUGCUAGAAAAUCCUCAGUCUGA